AUGGCCAACUCAUCGUUCCUCUUUAAAGCAUUCGUAGUUGGGUCCCCGGUCUGCAUACUCCUACUUAAUGAAAUAAAAAGAGUGAAGCGUCUAAGAGACGACGAGAAGUUAAACAAAAGCUUGUUUAUAAAAAAUUUCCACAAAAGUAACAUUACCAAGAAGGGACAAAAUGGAGAUGAUCACAGGAGAGAACCCAAUUUUGAGCAAGAAAAUGUGGCGGAGGAGGAAGAAGAAGCGCUGAACUACUUUUACGGCAAAGCAUGGGGAUACACCACCGAUUACGAAAUUGAUUUGAGCUUAAAUACAGGUGAUCUAAUUUUUAUAAAGCACGACUUAGAAAAUGUGAGUUUAAUUAAAAGGGCUCUUCUAAAAAUGAACAGAUACGUGCAGCAGAAAAGUAACAGCGAUAGCAGUGUGGAGGAUUAUGACGAGGUGGGGAUCAUUUUAAAAAAACAUAACAUUAGUUAUGUGUACCUUCAAAAUGUCGUAAAUGGAAAAGACAAAUUAAUUCGUUAUUCUCACUUUCUUCAAAAAUAUAAACCCACCGUUUUAUCUCUCAGAAGAUUCGUAACGGAUGAUGAACACAUAAAAAAGGAGUUACAUAAAAAUAUUUUACAAAGUGUGCAGCGGCAGGAACAAACGAAGAUAAGUAGCUUCUCCAUUUUGUUUAAUCUCUUGCGUAAUCUGUGUAAGCAAAGGAUACUCAUACGUCGCAAUGUCAACGGCUCUCCCGAAGAAAAAGAUUGCCUUUGUAAUGAUAGCCAUUCCAUGUGUAAGCAAAUAAGCUACAAUAUAGACAUGAAGAAUUUAAUUAAUAUGCUCAUCUUCCGAUCGUUUAAUUUGUUCUUUUAUUUUGUUUCGUACGUGAAUGAACAAGCUUUGAAAAAUAGUCCACUUUCCAGUGAACAUGUUCUUUUGCAAAAUGUCUCCUCGGAUAUUCCCAUCAGGGGGGAAGGGCACUCCUCCAUAAUUGACAAACAAAAUGGCCUACAAGGUUAUGAGUUUCCAGUGGAUAAUUCCCUAACACGAUUUGAAUUUAUCGAAGGGGACUCUCAAGAGGUGAGGCCGGAUCACCCCCCCAAUGGUAACAAGACAGGCAGCUUUUACCACCCCCCACGCAAAGUCGCCAAAGAAAUGGAGAACUUCCUCACGCUGCUUCUCGAAAACGAAUACACACUGAUGGACUCUACGGAGUAUAUGAACAAAAUGGUGCAGAAGGGAAGAAAUCAUCCAACGGUGAAUAAUCACAAGAAAGGCCAGCUAAACCAUUUUGCAGAUAAAAUGAAAAAGCAAAUCGAAAAGGUCUCUCUAAUGUUUAAAAGAUUCUCCGUAACAAAUUCUCAUGUUUACGAAAUUUACAGAAAUACCAAUUUGCUGCCCUCCAUAAAAAAUUAUGAUCCUCCCCCUUCUCUCUUUUUAUGUUUAAACAAUUUUUAUAAACCCAUCAACAGGGAUAAUAUACAGCGUGAUACGUUCAGCGUGCCCAAGCUGACUAACCUGUUUCACGUAAGGCAGGAGGAGGCUGAGAAGUUGCAGAGAUAUUUCUACCAGUUCAAUAGAGUUCCAAAGUCGUAG